AUGCCUUCGGUUAUCAUUCGUAAUCUUGCAAAAAAUUAUGGUGAACGUUUAAAUAUUCCACUCGCAUUUGACGAUCUACUUAAAUUAACCAAUAUUCUCAAACAAGACGAUAAAGAUGAAAGUAUUCGUGCUCAGUUAACUUUUUUGAUGCAUUUAAUCAAGGCCGAUUUAGACGUUCAGUAUGUCAUGGAUUUAAUUGAAAAAGUGCCACAUUUAGUAGUGUGUACUACAUUUACACAACAAAUGAUAGAUUGGUAUACUAUAAUAGAGAAGACACUAAAACAUCCUGAAGUAAGUUGAUCACGAAAGCAACAAAUGAAGAAGAUGGUAUUCGUUUGACAACAAAUACAAAAUGCACUUCUCUUUAGAAGUUGCCAUUUUCAAUCAAAAAACAGAAAUUUUUUUUUCCAUGGAAAUGUAUAGUAUGAACUGUGCUCUUUCAUGUAGAUACAAGAUUAGAACAAACAAGAGUCGCUUUGAGCUUUUGCACAAAAGAGCCCUAUUUUGUGUUUUCCGUCCUUAUAGUAAAGUUUUCGAUAAGAAACGAUUAAGAAGAAAUAAGUUGAGUUCUAUAGGUAAUCGACCAUUAUGAUUAUAAUGGACGUGUUCAGAACGUUGUGAGAGCGUAUGCGUCAUAUGUCAAAUGAAAAAAACGAACUUUGUACGAGAUAACAGAUACUUUUUUAAGUUUUCUGUUUCUCCUUACGUCUAAUUACAAAAAUGAAACAAAUUCACAAGCAGACUUACAAAACAGAAUCAAUCGACACAUCAAACUCGCAGAGAUACAAAAAUUUCAAUUUCGAAUUCAGUACGCAAACUGAAUAUUUCGGCUUUGUAUAGUAACAGUUUUGUAUCUCUGCGAAAACUUGUUCAUUGGUCAGGAAAACUUCUUCACAUAAGGUAACUUAACAGUCAGGCGCCGUCAGAAUGUGUUCGACUGAAAGUUCAUAUUAGAUCUUCAGCAUCCGGUUUUCAGAGAGUCAUCCAAGAAAGGCCUUAGGAUACAAACGAAUAUCAGAUUCCUGAUCAGCGUCAAAAAUUACGAUAGAAAAGUAUAUUUCAAUCAGAAAGCGAUUAGACACUUGGGGUACUUCCCUUGUGAGCUGUUUCUAAAACGUUUCAACUGGAAUCUCUGGACUUCGUUUUUUUAGACUUUUCCAGAAUCCUGAUUUUCCGGAGAGCUUAUUUUUAGGAACUGAGAUAGAAUUUGCAUCUCCUCUGACAGGAAAUUAUUUCAACUAACUUCAGAUUUGUUCUAGUUAUCACAGUUCGAGAAAAAAUUAAGAAUAAAAAGUUAUGAAAAACAGCCGUCAAAAUUAUUCACCCAUCUUGCAAAUUUCUUUUAUUAAGGUUAUUGCUUGUUGAGGAAAGCUGCUAGAAACUUUUUGAUCUCAUCGCGAGAUAGCCCUUAGUUUUUUGUACAUUUCCUAUAAAAUUCAGGUUCUUAUGCCUCGG